ACUUUCACUGGUAAGGUGAUCUCCCACUCACUCGCUCGCUCACUCGCUCGCUCACUCACUCACUCACUCACUCACUCACUCACUCACUCACUCACUCACUCACUCACUCACUCACUCACUCACUCACUCACUCACUCACUCACUCACCCACUCACUCACUCACUCAGUUACACUACUGUCUUGUGUUGUACAACACACUCCCUCCUCAGCCCAGUCACCUCACUCCAAAGUUAAUAUUUAAUUCUCUCUGUGUGAUAUAUAUACUGCACCUUUAUCUCCUGUUCUCUCUUUGUGGUAGUGUCCUCAUUUAUCUCGUAACAUUUCUAUUUAAUAUAUCCAUUUCUCUUCUCUGUGUACCUGCGCUACCCUCUGGAUAUCUGGACCAGCCAUGGUGGUGUGUCUAAGUGGACUAUGGAGGUAUCGGAAUUACCUGAUCAUAUUCUUCAUCCCUCUGUUGAUUCUACCUUUACCCCUAAUAGUUGGGGGACCGGAGGCUAGUUGUGGCUAUGUGAUCAUCCUGAUGGCCCUGUACUGGUGUACAGAGUGUAUGCCUCUGGCUGUGACUGGUCUGCUGCCUGUCAUCCUCUUCCCUAUGAUGGGCAUCAUGGAGUCAAGCGAGGUGUGUAACCAGUACAUGAAGGACUCUAACAUGCUGUUCGUCGGAGGGCUGUUGGUGGCUAUAGCUGUGGAAUACUGGAACCUUCACAAACGCAUCGCCCUCAGAGUACUGCUCCUAGUAGGGGUGAGGCCUGCUCUUCUGAUGAUGGGCUUCAUGGGCACCACAGCCUUCCUGUCCAUGUGGAUCAGUAACACAGCCUCCACUGCCAUGAUGCUGCCCAUCGCUAACGCCGUGCUGAAGCAGCUGUGUGACUCCGAGGCCCAGGCAGAGGAGAGGGAGAUGGACCUGAUGGCCAUCAGGGGGGCCUGGACUGUGACUGGGAUACCUAAGGACCAGGAAAACCAGGCCUUUGAGAUGGGUGACAAGGAAAAAAGCAUUACCAUAGAUGAUGGAGGUGCUGCUAAAUAUACAAAGGAUGUCAAGCCCAGGGAGAAUGGGGUCAAGUUAGAGCCCGAGCCAGAGGUGGAGGAGAGCCUGGAGGCGAGGGAGAGGAGGCUGAAGAGGGAGGCUAAGUACCUUAACCUAGAUAAAGGCAUGAGUCUCAGUGUGUGUUACGCUGCCAGCAUCGGAGGAACAGCCACCCUCACCGGCACCACCCCAAACCUCAUCCUCAAGGGACAGGUCGACGAGCUGUUCCCAGGGAAUGAAGACAUCAUCAACUUUGCCAGCUGGUUUGGUUUCUCCUUCCCCAACAUGGUUCUGAUGCUGAUCAUCUCCUGGCUGUGGCUGCAGUUUAUGUACCUGGGCUGCAACAUGAAGAAGUCGUUUGGCUGCGGAAUGAAUAAAGAUGGUGACAAGGAGGCGUACGGGGUGAUAAAGAAUGAGUAUAAGAAGCUGGGCAGUAUGUGCUUCGCUGAGGGCUGUGUCCUGGUGCUGUUUGUCCUGCUGGUCCUGCUCUGGUUCACCAGAGAACCAGGCUUCAUGCCCGGCUGGGCCACUGUGCUCUUCAACAAGGACAGACCGUACGUCACUGAUGGCACGGUGGCCAUCCUGAUGUCAACACUGUUCUUUAUGAUCCCAUCCCAACUACCCAGAUGUGGCGGGUACUCUGAGGAUGGAAAGCCCCUGAAGGCCCCUCUCACCCUGCUGAACUGGGACGUGGUCCAAGAGAAGAUGCCGUGGAACAUUCUCCUGCUACUGGGAGGAGGCUUCGCUCUGGCCCGGGGAAGUGAGGUGUCUGGUCUGUCUCAGUGGCUAGGAGAAAGUCUGGCCCCCCUGCAGUCCAUCCCUCCCUUUGCCAUUUCCUUCCUCCUGUGUCUACUCACUGCCACAUUCACUGAGUGCUCCAGUAACGUAGCUACUACCACACUGUUCCUGCCUAUACUGGCCUCUAUGGCUGUAGCCAUUAAGCUCCACCCACUGUACGUCAUGCUGCCCUGCACCAUCUGUGCCUCGCUGGCCUUCAUGCUGCCGGUGGCCACGCCCCCUAAUGCCAUCGCCUUCUCUUAUGGCAACCUCAAAGUCAUGGACAUGGCGAAGGCUGGAUUCGUUCUGAACAUUGUUGGUGUCAUCACCAUCAACAUCGCACUGAACACCUGGGGAGCAGCCAUGUUCAAUCUCAACACCUUCCCUGACUGGGCCAAUGUUACCAUCAUACACACUCCCUGAUCUGGAGACACUGGCAAGGAAGGAAGGAAGGAGGGAGGGAAGGGGAGAACAAAAAGAAGAGGAGGAAGAGAGCGGAGGGAUGGGAGGAGGGGAGAGAUACUGUAUGUACACGUCUAUCUGGGACAGUGCUGAUGGUCAACCCACUCAGGGUGUUCUAGGCUACUACUGUAUACACACUCCAUAUAACAACACACACAGUAUCUGUUUACCGGUCGGACUGGUACUCCUCCUCCCCUCUGUCAAAGUUUAGAUUGAUUGGAAUUAAAUUAAUUUAGAUUAAUCAAUGGUUUUUGUACAGCUAAAACAUGCAGGUUGUAUUUGAUCCUUUUUCGGAUUGUCAAAUCUGUUUAAGCUUAGAGGAGCGGACACAAGAGGGAGAUCUAUGAUUAUGUUAUUAUAUAAAAAACAAUAACAAACAAACAAACAAACAUAUUUAAUGUGAAAAGCAAUCUGUGUUGGAAUACAAAUGUUAUUGUUGAAGUCAGGAAAAGCAUCAGUGGCAUAUUAUUGUGAAACGUUCUUGAAGCUGCUGCACAAAAUGUAUAUUUUUGCUAUUGUUUCGACAGUGUUUAUGUAUCAUGCCUACUGUAUUAAAUACUGCACACAGAAAAAACUCAA